CCUCGGAGUAACUAACGCAGCUGUAAGUGGUUUGUGACAUUUUUGUUCAAAAAGUGAAAAGUGAUUAACAUGGACUUGUCAUUUAACAGUAGGAUGGAAGCGUACUACCAAAAAUUUUACGAAUUGCAAGAAAGACUUAGAAAGAGCGAAGAAGAGCGCCUGAAAUUGGAGAUGAAGUUUAAUGAACUUGUUCAAAUUUCUAGGGAAGAGGAACAAGCCCACUAUAAAAAACUGCGAUCUCAGUACAAAAAGUUUCUGGAAGAAGACAGAAAGCGACAAGAGAGGAACGAGAAAAUAAUUCGAGCACUGGAAAGAAUAGAAUCUCGCGUUAAUAUGUUAACGUCAAAAACCGAGCGCGUCAAAAUGUUGCGACACCAAUAUCAAACCUACCUGCAAAGAAUAACUCAAAGACCUCUCGUAAAACAAGAAUAUUUCCCACCAAAAAUAGUUGAAGAGCUGCCUAGUGAACAUAAACCAAGUUAUGAUUAUGAUAAAAAAUCGAGUGAUAUCGCAAUGCUGAAGAAAGCUUACGGGAAAACCAACGACGAAAAAAUUGAAAUAUUGGACAAAUAUUUACAGAAUCUGAAAAGCCAGAAAGGUCAAGCUGCAUCAGAAAUUAAACCAAAGGAGAAUAAGAAUGAUUUUAGUGAACUGAAGUACUUUGAUGAGGCAUCUAAGAAACUGAAUGAGGAUUUCAACUCCAAUAAAGCAAAUUCUAUCGCAGAAGACAUAAUGAAUUCAAUUUAUUCCAGACAUUAUAAUACCGAUCUGUACAAAGACGAAACAAAGAAAGCGAGUAAAUUCACAUCACCAAAUUACACAAGUAGAUACCCUGACAAAGAUAAAUAUUCCGGAUUUGGCGACUCCUCCCUCAACAAUUAUCAAUACGGUAGCAUUAGAGACAGUCCUCCAGUUGGUUUGCAUGUCAGCAGUCCUAACUUUAUUGGUACAACGUCAAGGAACCACGAUAUGAAUAAAUUUAACGAAAAGCCUUAUACCUCCGGUAAUAUUGCUAAAGGUUUGCGCCCAUUUGAAGAAGACACAAGAGCAGAGAGUAAGACUUAUGAAAACACAUUUAAAAAUAGUGUAGAUCUAUCUCUGCCUCAACGUUAUAAAGAAAACAAGACUUUGCCAAAGGAAAUGUACGAAAGUGAUACACAAUUUCGCGAAAAUAACCUGCUUGGUCCUAGCAAAACGGAAAUUGACUUAAAUGAAAAUGAAAAGCAAGUAAUACUCAAUACUCCAACAACAGAACCUGGGGUGAAAAAAUCAGAAGCUAACUGCAUAGAGGAUAAUAAGGAAUAUAAUCUCCAUAUACCUGAAAUUGUAAAAGAAGAUGGAACUAACUUAAAAACAAAUAUAGAAUAUUCUAAUGAAAAUAAAGAUGAAUUAAACGAAACACUUAGUAAAGCCGAGGAAUUUGACAGACAUGAUAUUAGACCAGGGAGAGAAAUUGAUUAUAUAGAGGCUUUAUCUAAUAAUGACGAACCAAAAACCAUUGAGUCUAACAACAAUCAGAGUAAUGUCGAUAUACAAAAUUUGGCAAGUAAAACUGAGCUCAACGAGAAGGAAGAACAUGAAGAAAAUGAACUUAAUCAACAAUAUGAAUCAUACGAACCUGUUGGAGAUAAUGAUCAACCUAAUUCUGUCCAAUGUGACGAUCAAGUAAUAUACGACGAAAGUAACCAACAACUCCAGGCUCAAUUUGAAAAUAACGAUCAAGCUUAUGACGAAAAUGCACAACCCUACGAUCAGAUGGAUCAAUACGAUUCAAGUGAUCAACCAAUAGAACAACUGUACGGUGAAAACGGCAAAGCACUGCUUCAGUAUGACGAAAAUGGGCAAACAAUUUAUGACCAAGAAUAUGAUAAAGAUGACCAAUCGAAGCAACAUUCUUUUGAGGGACAUGGUGAAGAUAUCCCCCAAUACGACAUUAAUGCCCAUGAAAUACACAAUGAAAGUGGUCAACCCAGUAAAGAAUAUGAUGAGAAUAAACAAACUGCUCAACUGUAUGAUGAAAACAGUCAACCUGUUGAAUAUGACGAAAAUGGUCAACCUAUUCAGCAGUACGAUGAAAAUGGUCAACCCGAGGGUCAACUGAUUCAACAGUUUGAUGAAACUGGUCAACUUGUUCAUCAAUAUGACGAAAGCAAUAAACCAAUUCAACAGUAUGACGAAAUUGAGCAACCCAUUCAACAGUAUCACGGAAACGGUGAAGUUAUUCAACAGUACGAUGAAAAUGGACAACCAAUUCAACAGUACGAUGAGCAUAGCCAACCAAUUCAACAAUACGAUGCGAAUAGUCAACCAAUUCAACAGUACAAUGAGAAUAGUCAACCAAUUCAACAGUAUGACGAAAAUGGUAAACCAAUUCAACAGUACGUUGAAAGUCAUCAACCAGUUCAACAGUUUGACGAAAAUGGCCAACCAAUUCAACAGUACGCUGAAGGACAAGAACCAAUUCAACAGUUUGACGAAAAUGGUCAACCAAUCCAACAGUACGAUGAAAACAUUCAGCCUGUGUAUUAUCAGGGUGAUGAGUUAGUUCAAUACGAUGAGAACGGUCAAAUUAUCCAGCAGUAUGACGAAAACGGACAACCCAUCCCUCCAACAGUUUACGAUGAAUCAUAUCAACAUUAUGACGCAAAUGGACAGCCCAUUGUUCAAUAUGAGGGGCAAUUGCCUAAAGAAUUUGAUGGAAAUGGUCAGACGGUGCAACAGUAUGAGACUGAUCAAUACAAUGCCGAUCAACAGGGGCAGGAUAUACAGGGUGGGGUAGGAGAAGAAAACGUCACUAAAGAUAACAUUAAAACUGAAAAUGAAAACGUUGAACAGCCUUCAAGAAAGAGGAAUGUUUUAGAUUUGUUGGAUACCGACAGUGAAAGCAUAAAGCAAAAUACGAGUAAAAUAUCGAAUGACAGCGAUUUUGAUUUCAGUAAUGGUUAGAAUCCAAUAUUUAGAUGUGAGU